UGCUUCUUCUGCUUCCCGUGUUGCUGUCUUCUCUGCUCUGUUCUCCUCUGUUUCCCGCAAGGCCUGUUUCUACUCCAUCUGCCAAACCUUCUUCAAAGCCUGGACUUGGAUUCUAUCACACCAACUAUUUUUAAAUAAUAUCAAUCACCUUUUUCAUCAUUUUAUCACUUUAUCCUUCUAUUCGUGUUGAAAACUGCACUAUUUGAUUCAGCUGUCUGUCCUAAAACAGCUCUCUGUCUUAGACCUAAUUCACCUCGCUAUAUCCCUUUAUCAGGUUCAAUUUUUUUACCAACUUCUUCCAUUGAUACAACUCUUAAUACAAAAGCCAACUAUAAAUAACAAUAUAAAUACAGACCGACAUAUAUCGAUAUUUAUAAAUAUAAAUAUAAUACCCGUUUUCUUUUCUUCAUCUUCUUUGUGUUUUUGGUUUUUGGUUUUUUUUUUGGUUUUUUUGGCUCAAAUUUUAUAAAAUGAUCAAUAACAGCAACACCAAUACCAAUAAUAUUAAUACCACCAACAACAGAAACUCAUUGGACCACACUAUGAUUAAUACCAGCAAUGAAAAACUCAAUUUAUCCUCCUUUCAAAUUGAUAUUGAAUCUGGAAUGCUAAACAAUUCAAACAACCAGCGACUCAACCCAAAUUCAAAUCUAAAUAACGACCUUAAAAUCAAAAAAUCAAAACACUUAAAAUCCUACUCAAAUCUCACCCUAAUAACCCUAAAAAGAAAAUUCUACAAUUUCAUUGAUCCAAAUAAAAACCAGCUAAUCAAUCUUCUAUUACUACUAAUCCUAUCUGUUUUUUUCAUCUUCUUCUUCAUAAUCUCCUUCAACCUAAUACUCAUCCUCUGUAAAAACGUCAAUAAUUUAAACAAUAAACUAUUCAAUAAAAAUCUAUUCAACAACAGUCUAGAUAAAAAAAUCAACAUCAAUAACAACUUAAACAACCUAAACAACCUAAACGACGAAAAUAACGAGAUAAUAAUCUCCUCUGAUAACACAAACUAUCAAAAACUAUCAAAUGACCCUCCCCAUUCUUACCAAUCAACCUCUUCCUCCCAGGCCUUUGAUAUUCAAAACUCUGACUCAAAAUCUGAUAUCCCCUUCGACAAUAUCGAUUACCCAAUAAAGGGCAAACCCUUCGAUCCUGCCGAGGAAUUCAAAGCAAUCGUUGCCUUAUCUCCAAUGAUAAUCUUCACCUGGGAUAACCCCAAUAUUCCAAUCACAAACACCCUAACUAUCUCAGACCAACACACCUCUUCUCAAAUUAUUUCUUCUUCGACUUCCUCUUUAUCUUCGCUAUCAAACAUCGCUGAUAAAGACUCUAUAAAGGACUCAAUCAAAGAUUACAUUAACGAAUUGAAAAAGGAUCCGAAUAUUGCCUACGACAAUAUUCACAAUAAUAUUCACAAUAAUAUUCACACCAAUAUCUACGAUAAUAUCUAUGACAAUACUCACGAUCCUAAUUCAAAAACAAUUCUCGAUAACGACUCUAAAAACACCAACGAAAACUCAAUUUCAACUGAUACCUCUGAUAAAUCAGAAUCACAUCCUUCAAUCCUCCUAUCUAACAGCAACAAAAUCUCCCAAGACAACAAAAACUCAAUCGAUCUACUAAAAAUAAUUCAAACAAACUUCCAAAUAACUCCCGUUCCAACAUAUGUAUCACUAGAUAAACAUCCUCAUUACAAAGAACUAUCAUCUUAUAUCAACAAUCUAUACAACAAACUACUCUCAAAUAACAAAAUUAUCGACAAAAAUGAUAACGACCUUAACGAUCUAAACCUCAACCUAAACCCAGAUGAAAAUAUCUUGCCUGGUAUAGUCAUUGCAGGCAAACCAAUCGGCAACACAAGACAUUUACUACAUUUAUACAACAAUGGCCAACUAUUUAACCAUCUAAAAAAAUUAGGUGAAGGCAUUGUCAAUAUCGAAAAAGUGGAUCUAAGUUUUAUCUCAAAAUAAUUUCCACAAUAAUAUCAUACUAUAUCAUCGUUUAUUAGUAUUUUAUUUUACCUUAUUUCCUUAUUAAUAAUAUCAUUGUCUUUGUAAAUUCCUUCAUCACUUAAAAUCACAUUUAAGUUUUAAUGACUUUUCUCCUCUAUUGUCCAAUUUUUUUUUGAUUUUUUUUUUUUUACGCUUUUUACUCUCACAAAUUGUUUAAUAACAAUCUUCAGUUCUUCAAUUCAUAAAUUGCAUUUGUAUCUAUCUGUUUUCUUUUGAAUUCUACUUAUCAUUACUUUUGUUUCCUUUUGUUUCCUUCCUACUACC